AUGGGGAAUAUGAAUAAAACUUUGUACUUAUAUGCGAGAAGGAGAAUGUAAAAAUCAAAUAAAUUAAAGAGGGACCAGUAUUUGCUGAUUAAAUGCCAAGCAAAAAUUGAGGAUAUCUUUGAGAAAUACAAAUGGGAGCAAGAGAACAUUUUAGUUGUUUGUUAUGCUUUUGAAAAUAUAUUUGGAUGA